GGCUGGGUGGCCUACCAGUAUGACCCGUCCAUGCCCGCGGCCAUUAUUUUCGCCGCGCUCUUCAUGAUCAGCACCCUCUGGCACAUGUAUCGCAUGAUUCGCACCCGGACGUGGUUUGUGAUUCCCCUCGUCAUCGGAGGAUACUUCGAGGCAAUCGGAUAUAUCGGACGCGCCCUGUCGGCAGCGCAAUCCCCCAACUGGUCUCUCGGCCCGUACAUCAUGCAGAGCACCCUGCUGCUGGUCGCGCCCGCCCUCUUCGCCGCGAGCAUAUACAUGGAGUUGGGACGGAUCGUUCUUCUCGUCAAGGCGGAGCAGCUGGCCAUUAUCCGGGUGGGCUGGAUGACCAAGAUCUUCGUGGCGGGGGAUGUGCUCAGCUUUCUGAUGCAGGCGUCGGGUGAGUUGCGCGCCGGAAUCAUGGUCAAUGGAUCCCCCACGAUGGGACAGAAUAUCAUCGUCGGCGGGCUGUUCGUGCAGAUCGUCUUCUUCGGCUUCUUCGUCGUGAGCGCCCUGGUCUUCCAGAUCCGGAUCGCGAAUCACCCAACCGACGAGUCGCGGAGUGAUCAGAUCCCCUGGAGGAAGCACAUGUUUGCCCUGUACAGCUCGAGCGGUCUGAUCCUCGUCCGGUCGGUCUUUCGAGUGAUCGAGUAUCUGGAGGGCUCGGAUGGGUUCCUUCUGCAGCACGAAGUGUUCAUCUACCUGCUUGAUGGACUGCUGAUGUUGUUGGUGCUGGCCGUCUUCGUGGUGAUCCAUCCCAGCGAAGUGAAGCGUCUUCUCCGGGGCGGGAACGUC